AGGCGCGGCGGGCGCGGCGGGGCAGUGCGGCGGCGCGCGCGGCGGCUGUUCCGGCGGAGGGAGCGGCGCGGAGCGGAGCGGCCCCGGGCCCGGCCCCGCCGCCUCAGGUAACCCUGCCCGCCCCGCUCCCGCUCUCUCCGUCCCUUCGCAGGCAGGACGCGGAGCCGCCCCCCUCCCCCCCCCACCGCCGCCGCCGCCGCCGCCCCGCCUCAGCCCGCAUCCAUGAGCUGAGGCGCCGGGGCGGGAGCCAAGGCGAGGAGCCGGGCGGAGCCGCCGCCUCGGGCCCGGCGGAGAAGCGGAGCGCGGCGCGGCGCCUGUUCCCGGGCCGCAGCGCCCUGCCAGGCCGCCCCGCACCCCCGCCCCGCUCCUUCCGCAGCCGCCCCAUGCGCGGCCGGCGCUGAGCCCCGCCUGCCCCGCCCGGCCCGGCCCUGCCCGGCCCUGCCCCGCGCCUCUCGGGCCCCAGGCGGGCUGCGCGGGUGGGUCGCCGCUGCCCCCACACCCCCCCCGGCCCCCGCGCCCCUUGGAUGCCGCCGAGAUGGGCAAGGUGCUGUCCAAGAUCUUCGGGAACAAGGAGAUGCGGAUCCUGAUGCUGGGUCUGGACGCGGCCGGUAAAACCACCAUCCUGUACAAACUGAAGCUGGGCCAGUCCGUUACCACCAUCCCCACCGUGGGCUUCAACGUGGAGACGGUUACUUACAAAAACGUCAAGUUCAACGUGUGGGAUGUGGGGGGCCAGGACAAGAUCCGCCCCCUCUGGAGGCACUACUACACGGGCACGCAGGGGCUGAUCUUUGUGGUGGACUGCGCCGAUCGCGACCGCAUCGACGAGGCCCGCCAGGAGCUGCACCGCAUCAUCAACGACCGGGAGAUGCGGGACGCCAUCAUCCUCAUCUUCGCCAACAAGCAGGACCUGCCCGAUGCCAUGAAACCCCACGAGAUCCAGGAGAAACUGGGCCUGACCCGAAUCAGGGAUAGGAAUUGGUACGUGCAGCCCUCCUGUGCUACUACAGGGGAUGGACUCUAUGAAGGGCUGACAUGGUUAACAUCCAACUAUAAAUCCUAAUGAGAGAAUUAACUAUUUAGUCUACAAAGAAUUAAAGAAAAAAAAAAAUAAAACCACACAAAAAAAAAAAUAUACCCACAUGGCUUCCCGGAAGAAUGAUUCUCUACUGAAAAGUGAAACAAAGGCAUCCAUAGGAUUAUGAUCACCUUUCUCCAUUUGCCACCCUUUCCUUCUGCACACUUGACUGGAUUCCUGUUCUAACUCUCCUUGCUUGGCGUUAGGAUGCUCUAACCUCCCAGUGUGACACGAACACAAGCACUAGAUGCUCUGGCAGACUCGCAGCCUUCCAGACUUCCAGCAAACAGGGGAAAGACACAUUGUAGACUUGCUAAGUAACUUCUUUUUAUUUCCUUUUUGUUUUGUUGGGUUUGUUGUUUUUUUUCUUCUUCUUCUCUUGAUAGCCCUUAAGAUGGUUUGAUUGUUUCAGGGGAUGGUUGGGGGAGGGGUACCAUUUUCAGUGUAUGCUUUCUGGUUCUCCUUUUUUUUUAUUAUUAUAUUAUUAUUUUUUUUCCUUCUCUCACUUGCUGUAGAUUGCUACUUUUUUGCAUUCACCCAGAAUAUGUUGCUAGGUCUGUUUCAUCUAGUAAACUGAAAAUGAUUGCUUAAAAUCAAACUGCAGUCUGUCUUUUUAUAUUAAGGACUUUUUUUUUUUUUUUUGCUUGUUUUUUUGUUCGGUUGGUUUGUUGUUUGGUUGGUUGGUGUUUGUUUUUUUUUCAAGUUCUGUUAAUCUGUAACUAAACAGUGACUCUCAGCUUGUCUUCAUAUCUCAGACUAACACCCAGACGAGCCCCUGCCUGCAGUGGCAGGUCUGAGGACACCAUUGUGACAUGUUCAAAGUGCAUCUCAGGCACAAAGUGCUCGCUCAGUCAUGUAAGAACUGCUUUGAAAUGUCAGCUGUGAAGUUCUGAACCAUCCAUCCUGCAUGAGAAGGGAUGCAAAGAAGUUCCCCAUAACUACAUAGCAACCAUAUAGCAAACUUAAGACAUGAAUGAUGUCAGAGUUCCAGGGGAGAUGCUGUUCAGUUGUUUGUUUUUUUUUUUAUCUUGCAUUGCAAACUUGAAAGGUGUUCAGCUGCAGUUCUUAAUACUCAUGUCAAUCCAAGAUCAUUUCCUUCCAGAAGAUGCAGCAAUAACAUGGAAGUGUUGCAACAAGUUUUACUUUAAAUCAUAGAUGUUUAGGUGAAAAAAACCUAGCACUGCCUUGGGAUCAAGACAAACUGCUUUCAUCUCAAGGCAGCUGAGGACAUUUAUAUAUUAAAGUAUUUUUUCAUUCUUUCCAACAUCCGUGUCACGGAGACAGAAAGUUUAUUACUUUGCUUUUCCAUGUUGUAGAGUUCCCAAGUUCUGUGCAGAGCUGCACCUGAGCUGGAUGGCUCCAGCAGCUCAGUGAGGGCCAUUUUGAGGAAAUCCCUCCCUGCUUUAGUUCCCAAGACUCCACUGAACCCUGCAAGUCGUUGCAGCCUUGUCUGGGUAGCCGGGUGUGUUGCUGUGUCCUGUGGGAAGGGAACUGUGUUGGAUGUUGGGAGCCCAUUGAGUGGCUACUAAUGAGAGCAGGGAGGAGAGAGAGAGAGAGAGAGUACACGACUAUGAAUGUAAACUUCCAUAAUUAGUUCUUAAAGGGCAAGCAGCUCAUUUGCCACAUCACAGUUUUGCAGAUGUGACUGGCAAAAAGAAACACCCCCACCCAGGGCAUGUCUUAGUGUAAAAACUUCAUCAGUGUCCGUGCUGGGUGCAAAAAAAAAAGUCAAAGCAGCUGGUUCUUAUUCAGCCUUAAGGAUUAACUUCAGAUUUCCUCAAGGAGUUAAACUCAAUUGGGGAAUUCUAGGAAUGUAUGCUACAAAACCAGAAGAAAAUGGCUUUUUUUUUGUUUUCUCCCCCUUUUUAUAUUUUGUUUUCCCAUGGAGAUGAGUUUCACAGGACAUUGGGGGCAUUACACUACAUGUCUACAGUGUUGACUCUGCUGCCUACAUUGUGUAUGGAGCUCUUACCAAAGAUGUGUGGGAAAGAUUAAAAUGCUGAAUUCACUGCUGGAAUUGAAUGCUUGGGACCACUUUAAAAGUUCCUUUAGAAUAUGGUUCCUUUAGAACAUGGUUCCAAACGACUUGAUGUGGGUGGCAAACGGGACUGGAUGGGUUCUUGAUGCUAGAAGAUAGAGCAUUGAUGGACAAGGAACCUUCCUGAGUUAAAGAGAGUCUGCAGAAGCUUAAUGUAGAACAACUCUGACAUCUCAGCUCUAAAGAAGAGGAGGUGAGGUUGGUUUUGUUUGGGGUUUUUUUUUCUUGUCACUCAAGGCUUUUUGCCACUGGAAUGUCAUUGCUCUAUUUUCUAGCUUUUUUUUUGGUUGUUUUUUUAAUUUUUCUUCUCUGUUGAUGUAACUUAACCAAUAGUGUGGUGGUAUAAAGACUAAAAAUACAAGAAUAUGGUUACUGUUUUCUUCUGGAGCAUAAAUAAAAUAGCCAAGCACAAGUAAAUGCCUAAACUGGAAAACUUGAAGCUCUGUUAAUGGUUCUUGAACUUUCUUAAAUCUAUUCUCACUCAACAUGAAAACUUCAACAACUUCAUGUUUCAUCUUAAGUUGAUUUGCUGUGUUUCCAAGUGCUGGGGCAGACUUUGCUAGACCUUGAGUUGAAUUCACAAUUUUGUAUUUGCGUAGUAACUUUGUUAUUCUGUUUUUGUAGGUGAAAGGAAACUGAUUAUGCUUCUGAAUUGAUUUUAGUGGGGUUUUUUUAAUGUCUGAUUAUUUUUUUUUUGGGGGGGGGGGGGGAAGAGGAGAAAAAAAUACUGCAACAUGUGGCAGAGACAUCAAAAAUAAAUGGCCAUUUCUGCCAAACACAAGAGAGAAGGUUUCACUUUCCACAUGUCCUUUAUAGGUUGUAGCUGAACCUCAGCACAGACUCGUGGCUCUCAGGCAGUAAAAGUAGCCCGUCAGGAUCAAGUGUAAGAAUUCCUAUGAUUUACAAACAAAUCUGGAGGUUUUGAUUUUAUUUUCUUUUUUAAGUGCAUCGAUUUUGUGUUCAUGUGAAUUCCUGGAGUAAGUUUGGAAUGGCGUUCAUGGUGUCUGAUAAGUGAAUGAGUUUGUAGACUGUGAUCUCCCUGACUAAAGUAAACAGGAAUUUUGUGUUCUCAAUAUGGCUGUAGUGUUGGUAAAGAACUAAUAAGCAGAAAAUAAAGCAAUUAUACAGCGGA